UGGUUUUCGCCGGAAAAGUACAACACAGUCUCUUCCGCGUAUGUUUCCUCUGCUGUCCUGCCGUGGUGGACGACGACGUGUAAGACAACGGCCUUGCGCGAAGGGCCGUACGAACCCCAGCCGCUUCCUAUUGAUAUUAGGACACGUGCAUUUUCAUGUCACAAGCUGUCUGGAAAAAGACCGUCUGGGAUCCGUGUCGUGCUUCCGUGCCACCCCCCACUGAGAGUGGGUCUCGCGUUUCUUGUGGUGCGCACACAACACGUACACACUUUGGCCCGGGCCGAGGUCACUUUGAGGUGCAGGUUCUUUCAUUGACUUACCCUCGCGGGGAAUGGCGCCAUCACUCAUUCAGUCUGUCGUCUCUGGCCAAACGGCCUGGACUGUGGCACGGAAAACAAUGGUGUGCCACGGGAAAACCAGGCAAGCGAUGAGCAUGUCGCGGCCUCAUGGUGCCGCACGUCUGCUUUCUGUCACGGCUCUUAUCGCUGUGAUGGCACUUUCGUCACACAUGCUCGACAUCGUUUUCGCUUCCCAAAGCGUAGCGACAAAAGCGGCCGUCAGUGCCCCGCGUCCGCCGUACUACGUAGGUGGAAUGACUGAAUCAACUGAUGACGGGACGACUGAACCUACUGACGACGGCACCACUGAUGCCACUGAAGCUGCUGAUGACGGCAUCACUGACGACCCUGAUGAUGGCACCGCUGAUGCUGGUGAAGCUACUGAUUACCGCACCACUGAAGCCAGUGAAGCUGCUGAUUACGGCACCACUGAAGCCAGUGGAACUGCCGAUGACCGCACCACAGAAACCAGCGAAGCUGCUGAUGACGGCGCCACUAAAGCCACUAAAUCUACUUAUGAUGGCGUCACUAAAGCCAUAAGAAAGAACGCCUCUCUAGCCGCCGCUGGCGAACAGAUCGCUGUCGCGCAGUAUAAAGGGCGCGACUUUGGUGGCAGUGCUUACGCUGAGCCCCUGGUAGUUGUACGUGAACAACGGGAACGUAGUCGAUCAAGAAUGGUCGACGCGAAGACCGCCAGAAGCACUCGACGAACCGUGCACCGGACAACUCGUGUGCCAGUGCCCCGUUCGGUCCGCCGGAGCGUCCUGGUAACUCGGCGCAAGACUCAGCGCACGCAGUUGGUGGCUUUGAUGAUCCUGGCUGCAGCAGCUGCUUCUUCCGCCGCCUUGUUAUUGGCUAUGGAACGUGCCAAACGAAGGAAACCGGUCGCCCGCGGGAAAUUUGCCGCUCGUGUUCGUAAGUCGUACAGCCGUCUACUGCGUCUACUGCUUGCGUGGCAGACGCAACAUAGGCUAGGAGGAGAUAACCGGAGGGAAGGCGGGAGAACGACCGGAAGCUCUCCUUGGAGUGGGGGUCAUUGUCGCCGUCACCACUGGCGUGCUCGUAAGUUUGCCUUAUUGUUGCCAGAGAGACGCGAUUCGAAGGUAUGUUUCGAAGGAAGCAGGGCACCUCUCGUGUGGCAAAGCGGCACAUAUUCGCCAGGCGUUCCUGCGAUGUCGAAUGAACACGAUGUUAUAGAACUAUCUCAUGGUUAUCCGCACCCAUGUCGUGCGUUCACGAAACUUUAUGGGAACUGUUUUCAUGAAGGUGUAUACUUUCUGUGGGGUCCCGCUUUCGCGCGAAACUACUGCGUGCUCUGACCUGGCGCCAGUUACCCCAAUUCCUCUGUUUGAUCCCGUCGGGGCUGCGGACUCACUUGCGGUUAGGCAUUCUGUUCUCGGGGUAUUUUGGUGCAGCUUUACAGCGGAGUAAGUGCUACGCACGACAGAUGAUACGUUAGAGUUGACAGGUUCCAGAAAAGGUAGCCAGUUUAGAGACCUCCGAACGAACAAUGUCACGCCAACACAG